AUGGAUGGUUUUUCUAAAGAGGUGCUGGGCCAUGCCCAUCAACGUCCAGCAGCAAACUAUGGCCUCACCAUUCAAAUCCUCCGCAGCCUAGCUCUUCUAGCCUGGUUCAACUGCUGCUGCGUCUGCAUCGUCGCUACCCAGCUCGCGGGCGCUCCACUCUACUUCAUCAACCGCCAGUACUACAACGCCUACAUGGCCAUGACGAAGCGCUCUUUUGGGCAUCGCCAUAACUGCUUUGACGGAGUCUACACCGAUUGGCUGUACCUGUGGUGGUUCUCAUACACCUCCCAGAUGCAUGGGCAUAUCUACAUCAUACUCAAAGAGUCACUGAAAUAUAUCCCCCUGAUCGGCCAGGGAAUGAUGUUCUACGGCUUCAUUUUCAUGGCGAGGAAGUGGAUUGCGGAUAAGCCUCGGCUGCAGCAUCGCCUCGAGAAACUGAAAACCGCCCAUAGCGGUCCCAGACACGGCUCACUGCUUCUGGACCCGAUGUGGCUCCUGAUUUUUCCCGAAGGAACGAACCUGUCACGGAAUACGAAACGGAUCAGCGACGGAUAUGGUGCGAAACAAGGGAUCCCGCCCUUGCGUCAUCAGAUUUUACCACGUUCAACGGGCUUGUUUUUCUGUUUGCAACAGCUCAAGGGGACUGUUGAUUGGGUAUACGAUUGUACAGUUGGCUAUGAAGGGCCACCAAAGGGCAGCUACCCAGACGCCUACUUCACCAUUCGCUCGACGUAUCUACAAGGCCGCCCUCCCAAGGUCGUGAACUUUUAUUGGAGACGCUUUGCCGUUUCCGAAAUCCCCCUGGAUGACCAAAAAGAGUUCGACGCAUGGGUGCACAAGCGUUGGAUCGAGAAGGAUGACUUGCUCGAGCGGUUUUACGAAACGGGCCGGUUCCCUCCCUGCGAGUGGGUAUCCUCUUCAAACGGUGAUGCGCACAAGCAAAACCAGGAUAUUAUACCUGGUAACCCAAGUUAUUUUGAAUCUGCCGUUAAGCUGUCAUGGUGGGGCGAGUCGCUGCAGAUUUUUGCGACUCUUGCUGGUCUCGGCGCUUUCUUCUGCUUAUUUUCUAGAUUUUGGAGAAUUGGGGUUUAA